AUGGUGGGGCAGGAACCGAUGCAGUCUACCAUCGACGGCAGGCUGUUGCAGCGCGGGUCCACCGUCAACUUUGGGUCCAUCCAGGGCGUGGUUGGCAUUACGCUGUCGACGGCGUACACGGCGACUAAGCAUGCGGUGACUGGGCUGACGAGGAUGGCAUCCGAGGAUUAG